GCCAGGUUAGUGUUAGUGCGGAGCGAACCGCUGCGGAGUGCGGUGCAGGCUGCGAGGAGGAGGACGCGAUCUUUCGCGACUUCCGGUUAAUAACGCGACACCUCCACCUUGCUGCCUUUCACCCCCUCGACUCGAGGGACGGACCGGAAGAUACGGAAACUGCGAUAUGAGCGCGCGCGAAGUCGUCCUACAAGGUGGAUCCCCAUGGGGAUUCCGUAUGCACGGUGGCAGCGACCUUCACCAACCCCUGCGCAUAUCAAGGGUGAAUCCAGGCAGCAAAGCUGCGCAGCAAGGCGUUCGAGAGGGCGAUUUGAUUAGCAGCAUAAACGGUAAACUGACACGAAAUCUCACAAACAGUGAAUCUCACGAUCUUCUUCGAAGCGCCGGGGAAAAACUGACCCUCAGUUUAAACCAAGAAGGCACUAGCUCGCCAAAACGGCGGAUAUAUAAGAGCAGUCUGCAGGAAAACACCUCCACGGAGACUUUGAAGCGGAUCACGACCAAGACAAUCAGUUCAAACACCAAGCUACUGACAUCGGAAGUCAAGACCAACGGAUCGGAUGAUACGAAAAAUGACAAAGUAUACGUCAACGAAAACGGUGGCCUGAACACAUCGACGAAUCACAGCAACGGUGACGUCAAAAGAAUAGAGGAUCAUUUUGAGGAAUUGGAUUACGCAACAGACGCGGAAGAAGCUUACGGCAGAAUGCCGAACAACUCGCGAUCGCGGAAGAACCGUAGAAACAGAAACCGUAAACGGUACCAAACGUCGAAUGGGAGUAAAUGCACCUCGAACAUCGAAGCCUCCGCAGAUGUAGCUCCGCCUAUAACGCACGAAACAAUUAUCGACGAAAAGCCAGACGGCGAAGAUGAAUCAGAAGUCACGACGACGAACGGUAGAUCGACGUCGGAGAACGUCGACUCGGAGAAGGAUGACGUGGUAUACGAGAGCCUCAAUUUCUCUACGAGGAAGCCGAAGAAUCGGUACCGAAUCGAGAAGCGAUCACUGGACACGGGGACCAGGAUAUGCGAGAUCACCACCAUCCAAAACACGCCCUGCGAGGCCAAGGUCGACCACAUUCCCGGCGUUGGGAUCCUCGAGACGGGGAUAACGAAGGGUGUCGAGCCCGUCAUGACGGUCGUCGAGCCGAUCGAGCCGCUCUCCUCGGCCGUGACGUCGAGGGUGAACACCCUCGGUGAUCGCAGCUUCGCCCUGACCCUACUCGCGAAGAACAACAGCCUCGACAUCCACGAGGUCAGUGACAGCGACAUCGAGCCCGAUAACAGCAGGGUCGUCGUUAUAGAGGCGGAAUCUGACGUCGAAAAGGAACCCGUCGGUGAAAUUGUUCAGAUAGAAAAGAGCCCGGAAGUUGAGACGGUGAAUGGUGUCGAGGAGCAUAUGAGCCUCGAGAAGUACUACGACGGUCUCAAACAGGAUGCGGAGGGUGUUGAGGAACCAGAUCCGAUCACCGCCGAGGAGGAAGAGCUCCCUAAACUUGAACCACCGAUGUCGAAGGACGUCGAGGAGAAGCUGAGGUGCUUCAUAGAAGGUCUGAAUCUACCCUCUUCGCCGGAAGAGGCCAGGGACGAUUGCCAGCGUGCCGAGGACGAAAAGACGAUGGCGGAAAGUAAAGCCGCGAAGAAGGCGAGAAAGAGGGCGAUCCUCGAAUCUUACUUCGCACAGACCCAGGCGGCGAACAGGUUCCUCGGUAUAAUACAGGAGGAGGGUGAAAAACUAUCGGAAGACGACGAGCAGCAUAUCAGAGACUUCAUUAACGAGGAGAUAAGCAAGUAUAGGCGAGAGGAGCGAAGGCAGAGGGAAAAUACCGAGGAAUUCCGGGAGGGUCAGACUAGAGUGAAGAUCGAUGCUCCUGAGAUCGUCUUCCUCAAUGACGGCCCAGACUCGCCGACGGCCAAGGAGAGCGAGAAUGUUUACGAGAACGUAGAGUUCAAGCGACCGGAAGUCGUCAAGGUUACCGCUAUCGUUCGGGAAUUGCCGGUUGUAGAGGACCUGAAAAAUCCUGCGCCAAAGUCUCCGACUGUUACGACAUCUGGUAACCGGGUAAACGAACCGGACGCUGAAACCAGACGAGCACCAAACCCGCCGAAGAGAUCGUCAAGUUUCAACAGCGACGCGGAAGCGGCUCCUCAGCGGCCGUUAACUCCACCGGAAGUCGAUUACCCGGAGAACUUACCUGCGGUUCCACCACUGCCCUUCGGCGUUGAUUCCGCUCCGAAAGUACCGCCGAUACCACCGGCGCGAAGGAAAAGUGUACACUUUGCUGAAGAGGACGAGAUGAUCGUGAUCCCGGAACGACCGCCGGUCCCGAAAUCGCAGGAUCACGACGCCGGGCAUUCCCAGGAUUGCAUCGCCGACUCGAUAUACGAGAACGUGAACUUGACACGGAGUACAUGCAAUCUGCAAUCGACGACGGGUAGAAACAAGGUCCGGGUGUGCCAGUCGAACGUGAAGACAGAGCAGAACACCGUGGACUUCAUAAAAACGCUGCUGACGGUUCUGACGCAACGGAACACCACGUAUCAGGACGUGCAGGGGUUCCUUGAGGGGUUUGAUCUCGGUGUGCUGCCGAAGAAUAUAAGGGACAUCAUCGACGAGCUCAUGGAACCCAGUUCAAGGGCGUCGAGCGAGAGUGAUUGCAACGAGGCUUCACGAAACUCCGAGAAUAUUGCUUGCGAGGUUACUCAACGGUCCGACGGCGGUGACGCCACCCCCGAAACGGCGCAUGAGCGAGGUGACGGAAUUCCUAAGGUAUUGCCAAACUCGAGUCAUUCGACGACGCGGGAGAACGGCGGACGUUCGUCGGGUGAAAGUCAUUCACAUGAGGACCUUCAUCGGGCGGAGGAGGGUGUUGGUACCGGAGUCAUCGAAUCGGGGGGUGAAUUCGAGGGAGUUUCUGGCGGUAAAAGAGGUGGAAAAAAACCGCAAACCGUAACGACGGAUCGUAUCGACGCGUCGGUGGAUGCUGCCCAACUUGAGGCUAAGAAUAACCUGCAGACUGCAGAAGCGGCGCCGGAUAAGCGUGGGAAUAAUAGUGAGGUACAUGAGUUUGAACCGGCGUUGUGCACGUCGAGCGCUCUUAGUCCUACCGAAUUUCUUACUCAGCAGGACUCGUCGAGCAGCACUGCUUCUCUGAGCACGGCAAAGUACAACCCUGAGAGGUCAUCGCUGACUGACAUCAACUCCGUACUUCGCGACGAGGAGAAUCCAGAUACUAUUGCCAACAAUUCGCCUCAAUUAAAGCGGAAGUUGAAGCUUCUCAAGGAGGACCAGGACCCCAAAGACGCGGCGAAGGACGAUCAGGACUCUCCGCAGCCGAUACCGUAUUCUCCCGUCGAGGAGUUUUAUCAGACGGAUCAGUUUGAGAAGAACGUCGAAGGAUCUGAAGGGUUAAUCGACGCGAAACCGGAUCUACUGAAGGACUUGUGCAUCAGGAAGAUUCUCUCGCUACCGUACGGUGAACAUAUCAUCAACGAGAUAACACUUCCGAAGUUCAACAUAUUUAAGAACUUGCAGACUAUUCACGACACCGUGAACGAAGCGAAGGACGUGGAAACGCUUCCCAAGGUUCCUGACGCGAAAACUGCCCAGGAUCCGACGUCGGAGGACAUGGACAAACGGAGACCGCGAAGUUGGAUCGGAGUUCAAACCAGGGAGAACCCUCAGGUUUUCGUCUGUCUCUCGCCGUCUCAGCAGACGACGAAAGGCAGUCACGUGAGUGCCGAUAACUUGCUUGACCUUCAUAGAAAGUUUGUAGAACGUCGAAGCUACCACGAGGAGGAUAAGAGGGAUGGAAAGAGCGUGAUGAAGCAGAGCGUCAUCGAGGUGCGCAGUGAAAACGAAACUGUUGGCUCGACUUCUGAGUCUGUGGGUGUGAAUGAUGGGAGGAAUGAUGGUUGCUCGACGCGCUGGAGUGGGGAUUGGCACAUUCCGAUGCCGGGCAAUCGGCUGUUGGAAAUUAUAAAGGAAAACUCAGUGGCCAGUCCAGGAGCUCGUGGAAAGGAGACGAUAGUGCCGAGGAAUAGAGACGCGAUAUACAAUUACUACGGAGCCAAGUGCAACGGGUCCUUCGUGGGUCAGAAGAGUCCAGCGUCUAGUGCACCGGGCAAGACGAUGACACGCGUACCUUCUUUGGAAGAAAGUCAGGAGAGGCUGAGGGCAACGCGACUUUCCGAUUGGCUAAACUUGGCGAGACGAAACUCGGUCGAUGAUACGAAUAACGCCCCGAAGAUGAGUGGUAAUUUAUUAAUAGAGGAAUCCAGAGCCAGGCGUAAACAUGAAACCACUGAUAAUAAGCCCGCGGCUUGUAGCGCCGGCGAUCAGCAGGCAGUAAACAAGAACGCGGUUAACAACGUGCCACGUUCGUCCGAACGGAAUUUCAGCGAGUGUGAAAACGCGGUUAAGAUCAUCAGAGAGGAGCACGUCGAACACAGAACGACGAGCAGCGUGACCACGGUGAAAAACUCCGAACCGACAAAUCCAGGAACGGUAAGGAAGUCUGGAGGAGGAGACCAGGUUCAUCACGUUAACAGUGCGCUGAUCGAACAUGUAGACAAACCACGUGAUCGGCCGGUUACACCGUUCAGCAAGAACCCGAUAUCCUGCAACAGUGCCAUCAUCGAUAAAUCGGCGACUACGAACUUUGAGUUUGAGAGGAAGACGCCGGUGCCACGGAAAAACGAUGCCAAGCAUAACGUGAACUCGGCUCUGAUAAACGACAAGCCGGAAGUACCGCCGAAGGUGAAGAGGACCGUUAAUGUCGACCGAUCCUGCAUCGAUACCACGAGUAUAUUCGAUCAAACACCACCGCGAAGUCAUCUGGAGAAACGGCGACAUCCGGAGGCUGACAAGGUGAAGAAACUUACCGCCAUUGAGAUCAUGGAUAACCUGAAGCAGCUUCAGUCUGAUAUGAAACGGCAGAUGGACGAUCGCCGGAGGUUCUCACUGCCUCAGGAAUACUUCGAUAGACAGCUGAGCUACAUUGAGGAACUCGAGGAUCAACUGAAAAACGUGAUUAUCGCCGAGGAAGAGGAGCAGAAGGCGUUUGAGGAGGUGGUCCAGCAGGUGGACAGGAUGAAGCCGAGACCCCACAGUGUUAUUGGCGGACCUUCGGUGAACUUGACCGAUCACCAGUCGGCUUCCGGUUCGGACUCCUGGAUGUCCAAGGAGCGUCGGGAGGACCAGAAUGGUUACAUGCACAAGGACAGCUGGCACGAAGAAUCGAAGAACGUGUCUCGGGACAAGUCGGAGUUCGUGAAGAAGGAGGGACACAUUGAGGCCUCGAAGAAGACUUCAAACGAGAACGGGUGCAGGUCCGAAGAAGAGUCCAGGAGCUCCGAAAGCAGGGAGGAGAGAUUCGUCCUGUCAAAGAGGUCGGGGAACGUGGUUGAGAGGGUUCAACCGCGGCUGCAGAACGCAGGGAAAACGGACCGGCCCAAGUCCGCGAUUUCGGCGAUACCAACGAGUGGUGAAAAGUUUCGGGAACAGAUGUACAACGAAUACGUGAACAAGGUUCAGGAACGGGAAGAACGCAAGCAGCACAAAGUCGUCAAGAUAAGCUCCCACAAAGAGCUGCCCAGGCGGGAUGAGGAACGCGGGAAUCGGGCUCGGGGCGGAAGCAUAGAGAACGAGUUUAUAGAACGGGCGAAAAAUAGACUCGAUAAAUUUGGCAUCAAGCUUGACGAGAGCGAGUCCGAGGCCGAAGGUUACUUCGGCGAAGCUAGGGUCAGGGCCGAUCAGACACCGAGCCGAUACGUGAUCGACGGCGACGAGGUGAUCGAUAUCAAGAAGUUGCCUAAACAUCUUCAGGAAUUCCUGAGGCUAGCCUCCCAGGAGGACGCUGAUGAAAACAACAUGUUCGCACCUUCGUUUAAAGCGACUGCAACUAAACCAGGAGUUUGGUCGCCCGGCAGCGAACCUCCCAAGGAAUCGAGCCCCGAUCGUACCAAAGAAACUGACGCCACCUCGGGCAAAGAUGCUGGAAUACCUCCCGUAUGGACUCCCAGCAGCGCAACCACCAGCCCUGUUGCUGAACGGAAGGAAUUUCGUCCUGUACCCUUCGAGAGCCCCGUGUUAGGUCGGAAAAACAAACCUCAGUCUCAGUCUUCGACUGAGGAGGCGCCACCCCCGUGGGAGGGUGAAGAAUACAAGAAACACGAGGCGAGCCAGGUGCUGUCGCAGACGAUAACGACGCGUAUCGUAAAUUCACAUUCUGCGCCCAGUCAAGGGUUGAACACGUUAGCCAGUCUUCCACGUUUACCUCGAGCUCAAAAUCCGACAAUCACCUUGCUGCAGAAGGCCAGAGAGGGACAAUUGCCCAAGGGAGCCGCUUAUUUGGAAGAGGGUAACCACCCUUCGCCCAGUCAAAACGACGACAAGCCAGUCAUCAGUCCGGGGGAAAUAAUUUACACAGUUAAGAAAGAGUACGAGAGUGAACCGGAGUCGGAAAACGAUCGGCCCAAAAAAAUGGCGGAUCUUGGCCCAAGGAAAUUCGAGGGUAUCGGACCGAUCACCAAAGAGGGAAUUCCACUGGUGCUGAGAUCAGAAGUUAAGGAAAACAAUCAGGCUAAGUGGUACAAGAAAAUGUACGAUUCUCUUCACCGCGCCGAGAAUGACGAAGACUAUAUUACCAUUCGCUACAAACCACGAAGAGGAACCCGAUAUGGAUACGGAAGCGCCAGCGGAUAUCUAAGCGAACCGGAACCACGAGCGAGUAAUACUGACCGAAGUGCAACGUUGGACAGUCGUCGUAGGCAGAGGAACAAGGAAAAUGAUUUUUCGACAUCAACGAUACCAAGAAAAAACGGACCAGCCACAGUCAAGCACGUCGGUGAAGUUUACCGUAAUCAGCCAGGUCGUAUAGAGGAUUACGAACCCGGCCGAUCCUCGAUAGCCGAUAAAGAAACUAAGGAGUGGUGGGACGAGGUCAUGGACAUAUUUGACGGGUGGUUGGACGAAAACGUCUCUGCACCCCGGGACCGUUGUUGGUCUGAAAAAUCGAGCCUGCAUCAUCGUCGGCUGUCCGAGUCCUCCUCGCGUCAGCCGUUAAGCCUGUCCUACAUGGAGGCGAAGCCUCGUCCGGACGACAGCAGCGAGCAAAGCCCCUUCGAACAGCAUAGCACCCACACAGCUAAGCCGUACAUGUCACAUGCCCUAAAGGAGUCCGGCUACGAGAGUGACUCUACUCUGGUCUUCCGUCGACGCGAAGACGCCAGUCCCUUAAGUCCCCUGGAGCAGAGGCUCGCCUAUAAAACUGUCCAACGUGGAGGCGACGUCCCUCUGCACGGCCUUCGCAAACCGGCGCCAGAACGUCCAAAGGACGAAGACGGCUCGGUGAUCGAGUACUUCCCGAUAUCUCCGACCCUGACGCGAAUUCGUAUUCACAAGAAGAUCCCCUCCGCCUCAGCAGCUGCGAAAGACUCUUUGCCUCGAUCAAGGUCUACGAUUCCAAAACCUCCGCCGCCACCUCCGCCCUCAAUGAUAUUUUCUCAGUACAAAAGGUCCGCUCCAUCGCUGGCCAGUUUGCCGAGCAGGUCGUCCCGAUCUGUACUCAACGGACGCUCGCAGUCCGCGUCGUCUAGAGUCCCGUCACCGUCGACGGGAAGACCUUCCUCCAGAGUGACGUCUCCUUUCGGCCGGGCACCGUCACCACCCCGAAGAAAGUCGUCCCGGCACAACACAACCCUCAGACUGUACUCGAAGAUGCAAGUGGGGGAGAACCCACACUCGACAAACCCGAGACACGAGCAAUGCUUUAGCGCUGACAGUGUUUCCAACAUUCGCUUCCUGCGAGACAGGCUCUCCGGUAACCUCGAAAAACAUCGGAGGGAUAAGGAAGAGGCACAGAGAGUCAGGAUCCACCGAACACUCUCCUCAAGCCCGGUCGCAGCCAGGACCAGGAUCUCUUCUACUGUGACAGCUGAUUUUCCGGGACGGAAUAUCAGCCGGAGCAGCUCGGGGCCCGACAGGUUCAGACCCAGAACGGUAACUUCGCCUAGUCCAGUGUCCAGGCAAUCCAGAGGUCAGGAGCAGAAGGUCCUGGGGGUGAAACGUCCGCUCGAAGAUAAGUCACCGAUAAAACGUGUGCCUUCUAAGAGCCCGAUGUCAACUUGCAGCUCGAGGGAAUCGACUGUAGACAGACUGUACUCGCCCGAAAGGAGCUGCAGUCACGGCAGUCGGUCGAGACUCGUGGAAACCUCGGCGAAAAAGGAGCAAGCCAGACCCAGACGAACUAGGAAGGAACAGGACGAAGUGUGCAAGAGAUUGAGCAGAUCACCGGACUUGGCUUCGCCGCAGGAAGUGAGGAGAGCCGUUCAGAAGCAGCGGGAAAAGGACGUUCAAACGAAGCUACUGCCUUCUGGUACCGUGGUUAAGAGCUCGACCACGUUGUACUCCUCGGCUCGGGGGAGUAAGCAGAGUUCGCAGGAAGACAAGUCCUUGAAGGUGACCGUUGCCAUAUCCUCCAAGGGUCGCGAACUCCUGCGCCGGACCGCGGAGGCUUCGACUUCGAGUAAAAAUCCAGCUUCGAAGUCUAUUGCAGAAAAUUCGCCGGUGGGUAGUCGUAAGACGACUUUUGCUGAGCCUGUGGAGAGCGCAAGGACGAAGGUGUCCAAGUCUUUUGAGAGCAAGGAAUCGGUCAAGUUGAUUUCGACCGUUGACACCGAGGUUGGGGGAACUGGCGAGGGAAACAACAAGAGAAAACGACUCCGUGAAAAGCCGCAAACGAUCGUGAAGUCACCGAUUAGAAAGCCGGAAACUAUCUGCGUGAAUCCCGAGAGCAAGGAGAGGAGAGAGGAGAAGAGAAAAUCGCGGAAAGAGAGAAACUCCGAAUCUUCGAAGAGCAAAAAGUCGUCCAAUGGUAAACGGAACGAAGGAGAGAAGAAGAAGUCUAAGAAAGCUCUUGGCAAGGCCGCCGGAAAUGAGGUCGCUAAGGAGUUGAAGAAGCAGGAUCAUCGGGAGCAAACGAACGUCCAGAGACUUACGGUAGAGCAAAUAAGGCGGCAUCAGGAGAUCAUGAAGUCAGAUACGUUCUUCCAGAACCUCUUCCUGAGAAACUCUGCCUCCCCGACACCGUCUCAAAGCAGCGUCAUGAGGACGUCUUCGGUGAUGGAAAGGGCGAGGAUAUUCCAGGCCGAGAACUGUGAUACCUUCAAGUCGGAGCCGUCCAUCCGGUCCUUGAACAUCUACCUGAGUAGCAAGAAGCCGGUUUCGAAUUCAAAGUUCAAGAACUGGGAACGCGAGAGCAUUUCCUCUCGAUGUUCAAGCCCCUACGGUGUGAGCUGGCCGGGUCGCUCGAUCUACCAAAAGAUCAGUAAGUUUGACAGCCUGCAGAGCAUAGACGAUUACGCCAUGGAAUUCGGAUCGGUAUCAUCGUUUCGCGGACGAAGUCCUGACAUCACCCGAGACUGUCACAAGGAGAGAAGCCUCAGCGAGCCACCGUUAAAGGUGCUUCCGGAGAACGAGGAAAAGAUUUUUAUGGAUGGGGUGGUGCCACCUAGACCAGCUUCUCCGUCGCCAAUCAGAUCCCCGGCUUGUCGAAGGAUACAGAGUCUACGACAACAAGACACACCGGGGAUGACGAUAGUGCGGAAAGCGAGGGCGAGAAGCGCCGAGGAAGUUGACCAGAGAAGAAAACUGAUGUUGGGGUCGAAUUUGUCUCUGUGUAAAAGCACAAGCUCGUUGAAUCUCUCGCAGAUAGAUAGAGAGGAGUACCAACAGUACGUUCUCGAGAUGUUGCACUGCAAAAGAAAAUCGAAGAGGUACAAGGACCUCCACGAUUUUUACGCGAGCUUGGAGCGCAUGGGAGAAUUGGAACGAACCACUUCGACCGGUGAUCUCAGACCUCGCCUGCGAAACGAAGAAAUCAUAGAUUACGAUCGAUGGAUGGAGGUGCGAUCCAAGGAGCGAGCCGAGCGGGAACUUGAAGUGCUAUAUGGAAAAUUGAAGAAUGUCCAAAAGGAAAAGGACUUUCUGUUUCGGCCUAAGGAGGUGGAGCAGUUCAGAUGGAAGGGAGACUCUGGUCUUAGGUGCAAGGAAAAAUCGGUAGAGAAUAUCCGUGAACAAUUUCAAAAGCUUGAAAGCCAGGAGAGUGACCUGGAGUCCGCACGUCGGCGAGAUAUGGCAGCUCGCAAAGACGUCUACAAGCCACUUUGGCGUGGCAAUUCGGUAGUCAGCGUGGCUCACACGCUCGACAAGCGCGCGACGAUGUCCGAAAGUCUAAAUCAUACGACAAGACCCGAGUCCUCGAAGACCCUCGGGAUUAGUCGGAAGCUCUGGAGCAGUUUGUCCGUGGAGCAAGUGAAUGCGCUGAAGAACCAGCUGAACGAAAUUUACAGUAACGAAAAUGGAAAGCCGGAUAGCGAGAGGGUGAAGCCGACGUCGAAGACGGACUACGAGAUAGUCGUACCUCCUCAGGAGGAGUUCGGCGAGGAUUUCCAGGACGACAACAAGACGCUCCACGUGCGAUGCCACUCCAUGGUGACCCCCGAUAUAUGCAAAAUGGCGGAAAAGGCGGACGGCAGACUCGAAGAGGAGCGUCUUCAGAAGUCACCCUUGAAGCGGAGCGGGUCGAUCAGUCGGGGCAGAAGCGUGGAAAGGUCACAGUCCGAGAGGUCUUCGGGAGUUCCGCCGAUGUCCGAGCUCGAGAAGAAACGGCUAUCCCUAACGCUGAGCAAGGAGGUUCUGGACAAGGUCACCCAGAAGAAGGCCUUGCAGACGUCGAUUUCCCCCCGCGAAACUCGCGGUGCGAUUGCCGCUGCCUCGGCUCACCCGAAGCCAACUUUGCCGAGCGCUAGUCCAAGCUUUUCUAGCGCUUCACCGCGGACCUGCUACUCUUUGGAAAUGUCCGAGGAGGGAACGACCAAGUCGAAGGACAAGAGCGACUUCCUGCUGGUCUUGACGCCGACCGACGAAACGCCAAAGAGCAAACGCAGGGUGGAAAACGUUCUUGAACAGUGGUCGAAAAAGCAGCCGGAAAUCGCGAUGGUCGUUUCGGACGAAACGGCGAAGCCACCACGAACAGGUUCGACCAGCGAAGUUGACAGCACGACCGAAAGCUCGGAGGCAUCGGUGAGGACUGUGAUAAGACAGGGAAGCGCGGAAGACGUGCCCAGGAAGGUCGAGUUCUUCGAAAAGAUAGACACCGGAAUUUCGGAUGUCAAGUCUCCUGCUCCGGACGGUCUUCAAAGGUCUUCGAAUGCGCGAUCGACCUUCUCGCAGAGUUUCGCCGACCUGAAAGAGCUCUUCGGCGAGUCGGAAUCCGCCAAGUUCGGGACCUCAUCAAGCUACGGAUCACGACCGCGUUCUACUUCGCCUAGAAGAAGUCCCACCGCGCUUCCGGAAGUCGUUCAAGCUCGGUCAAGCCGCCCUCGACUUCCGGACGACGAUCGAGAACGACCGAGGAGUGCCAGUCCGUUCCGAGCAGCGUCGAACACUUCGAGUACCGAUAGCGUGUGGAAACGAAGCGAAUCUCCAGACCCGGAAAGGUACUGGCGAGCUUACCUGAAGCUGGUGCGAAGCGGGGCGGUAAAAAGACUUCGCGCGAAGUACGAAAGCCUCGAGGAACUGACCGGGGGAAGAAUCAAGAUAAUACCUGCGCCAAAACGGUUCCAAAGCGAUCCGGAGCUGACGAGAAACUUGCUGAAGAGGGACAUCGACAGGGUCAUAGUCAAGGGGCAGGAAAUCGCGGAUGUCAACUGGCUUCGACGGAAGUACGAACCAAUACCCGGGAGGGCAAGAAGAAGGGGUGCCUCCUCACCUAUACCGAGGGUCCCUCUGCGCGUCGAGGACUUGGGGAUGCCACGGAUCCACGUGAUCAGUAAGCUGGCUGAGCUCAAGGGGCAGCGAGCAUCCACGACGAGCAGCUCCAGGGUGACGGAAGCCGACGAGCUCCAAGCUAGACGGGCGGUUGGAAGGAUCCGAAAGAAAUUCGAGAGGGAUGGUGUGGAUGACGUGUCCAUACUAGGUGAGAUGUUCACUUCGGCACCAAACGUUCAUGAGCUCCGUGAUAUUGCACCGUAUUUGGCCGGUCAGUGGGUAGCGCACAGGUUUCCUAGUCGUCGCGACAACGCACGCUCACUGUCGUCACCGGAGUUAGAAAAAGCAUCUACGAGGCCGGGUCGGGUCAGCGGGGAUUCGGGGAGGAACUCUUUCGGAAGACCUCGCGCCACUUCUUCCUCGCCCGUUCGACCCCGCAGACCACCCUCGAUUUUGAAGCAGUCAUCCAGGCUUCUUGCCGCCACGGAUCCCUUCGCUAACCAACAUUUUGACCCCAGCAAACACAGGCCGAGGUAUAGGUACCAGCCGCCACCGCCAAAAGUCAUCCACAGGGAAUCGACUCCCUGGUGGCCGCCGAUUCCAACCUACACUGCUCGCCCUACCGUCACGUUCGAAGAGUACGCCACUGCACCCCCACCGCCACCAAAAGCUCCACACUACAAAGGCGAUCGCCAAGAGUCGCCAAGGCGAUAUGUGGAGGGUGAGGUGACCAUCCAUUAUCGUUCCCCGGUUCGCACUGAGGCUAAAGAAGUUCUUAGCGAGGCUGAAUUGGCGCGAAGAAGCGCCGAAAACAUGCGCCGGGUUUAUCAGGAGGAACGUCGACGAAAAUAUCUUCAGGAAUUACACGACAUCGACUCGCGUCGUCACACCGAUAACUUCACGCCCUCCCAAAAAUCACCGAUCCCGUUGAACCGAUACGAUGAUUUCGUCGACGAUCUCAGCCACAGAAGCCGUUCGCAAGAACAAACGCCAGAGCCACGUCUGGUAGCAAAGGCGCUUUAUAAUUUCGUCGGGCAAUCGUCGCGGGAGUUGACUUUCCGUCGCGGUGAUAUUAUUUUCGUACGUCGUCAAGUCGACAAAAACUGGUACGAGGGUGAACACAACGCCAUGAUCGGACUCUUUCCGUUCAACUACGUCGAGAUUCUUCCGUACGAUGGAAUAAGGACAACAACAACGCCGAAGAAACCGUACGAAGGACAGGCCAGAGCUAAAUUCAACUUCGUUGCACAAACAACGCACGAAUUGUCGUUACUCAAAGGUGAUUUGGUGGUUCUUACGCGAAGAGUGGAUGAGAAUUGGUACGAGGGUCGCAUAGGGAAUAGGAAAGGAAUAUUCCCGAUUUCUUAUGUUGAAGUUCUCGUCGAGCCAGGAAUAAGAUCAGAAACCCCAGCUCAGAAUAAACCAGUCGCCGCGCCGGCUGCUCACAGUCUAUUAUCAAAUGGUUCGGCUGGAGGAAAACUCAGCAUGGGUCCUCACCAUUACACCCCGUCUAUUCCGGCGAGCACGAACACGUCACAGUCCCAUUACAACUCAAUGCCACGCGUGGGGGGAUCGAAACUGCACGUGGCGCCUGUGAACGAAACUCUUCAUAUUGACACGCAUUCGGAACCCCUUCGGUAUCGGGCUCUGUACAAUUACAGGCCACAGAACGACGACGAAUUAGAAUUAAAGGAGGGAGACACGGUUUAUGUUAUGGAGAAAUGUGACGACGGUUGGUUCGUUGGAUCGAGUCAAAGAACCGGAUGCUUCGGUACCUUUCCCGGCAACUACGUCGAGCGGUUGUGAAAACCGAAGUCAACGUUACUGCGAAAU